AUGUCUACUCAAGAGACUUCACCAUGCCGGAUUCUUGUCAUGGCUUCUGGCUUUGGCUCUAACUUCCAGGCUAUUAUAGAUGCGAUAUCUACAGGUUCACUUCCAAACAGCCGCAUCAUUUCUCUUAUCGUGAACCGAAAAAACGCACAUGCGACUGCUCGUGCGGAGAAAGCAGGCAUUCCCUGGGAAUACUUCAACCUGAUCAGCAAUGGUUUCUUGAAGAAGGGAGAAACAGACGAACAGAAGGUAGUCGAAGGACGCCAAAAAUACGAUGCAGCAUUGGCCGAGAGAAUUCUGUCAGGCGACAAGGAGAAGCCUGAGUUGAUCGUUCUGGCUGGCUGGAUGCAUGUUUUCUCACCUGCUUUCCUGGACCCCAUAAAGAAGGCGGGAAUUAAUGUGAUUAAUCUUCAUCCUGCGCUUCCCGGCGAAUUUGACGGCGCCAGUGCUAUUGAGCGUGCCUUUGACGAGUUCAAGGCUGGGCGACUAACACGCUCGGGUAUCAUGGCCCACUACGUGAUCGCUGAGGUAGACAGGGGUACUCCUAUCCUAGUCAAGGAGAUUGAAUGGAAGGGCGAGGGCCUAGAAGAGUAUAAGGAGAAGGUACACUCCCACGAGCAUGAGCUGAUCGUGAACGCAACGGCCAAGGUCGCGCAGGAGACAGUUCAGAGGAGAGGAUCAUAA